AUGUCAAGCAUCAACAACCUAAAACUUCACUAUAUUUUCCCUGGCUAUAAUGGGCUUGGUGGUCCCAUCCGUAUGCUACUGGAGGAUGCUCAGGUGCCCUACGAGUGGAUCCAUAUUGAUGUUGCCCAAACAUGGCCCAAAACAAAGCAAAGUUGGAUUGAUUCCGGUUACCCUUUUGAUUGUGCACCCAUGAUCAAGCUCGAAAACGGCAAACAGUACUCUGGUGCCCAACCUAUUUUGCGAUUCCUCUCAAAGAGUCUAGGAAAGUAUAUCCCAACAAACGAUAUUGACCUCGAGACAUUCGUCGAGACCGUGUCGGACUAUGCAUGUGAUUGGUUCAAAGUAUAUGGUAAUGCCGCACGCAAUAGGGAUCAAAAGGAGAUCUUGGACAAGUAUGUACAGGAACAGCUUCCUAUGUACCUCCAACGUUUUGAGCGCAUUUAUGGUGUAAAACAAGGACCUUAUGCAGCAGGCGAGGAGGUCACGUACAGCGAUUUUAUUGUCUUUGUGCUUGCAAGCACAUCACCCAGCACUAUCCAUCUCAAGGACUACCCCAAUCUUACCAAAUUUGUGGAGACAAUGAGUGCACGACCUAGUUUGAAGAAAGUAGUAGAAUCACAAGAUUAUGCUCACACAGGAGUUCCUCUCUAA